UUUGCUACUGAACAGGUCCAGGGAGCUUUCUCGUCGUCAAAUUUUGACAAAAACGAGGAUAAUAUGGGAGAAAGGUCGGCGUCUGCACACUGAAGUUAACAGGAGCUUUCCUCGUGGAAGUCAAAGAGGUGGCGCACUCACUGCGUGCUCUCUCAGACUACUGAAGAGUAGGCCAGUCCUCCCUGUGUGCCUCACACGUUGAGGUGCUAAGAUGAGUAUAACAAGUGAUGAAGUCAACUUUCUGGUCUACAGAUAUCUGCAGGAGUCAGGAUUCUCACACUCUGCCUUCACCUUUGGCAUCGAAAGCCACAUCAGCCAAUCAAACAUCAAUGGAACACUAGUGCCCCCUGCUGCUCUCAUCUCCAUACUUCAGAAAGGCCUUCAGUAUGUGGAGGCCGAGAUCAGCAUCAACGAGGAUGGCACUGUUUUUGACGGGCGGCCGAUCGAGUCGCUGUCCUUGAUCGAUGCUGUCAUGCCUGACGUGGUGCAAACUCGGCAGCAGGCUUUCAGAGAAAAACUCGCCCAACAACAGGCGGCCGGCAUCGCCACGGCUACGACCGGCGGCAAUCACCAGAAUGCAACCAGAAACGGCGAACCCACAGUUAACGGCGAAGAGAACGGCACGCAUGGCCUGAACGACCACUCGGAGGCCAUGGAGAUCGACGGGGAGGUGGAGAUCCCGGCCAGUAAGGCCACGGUUCUCAGAGGGCAUGAGUCAGAGGUCUUUAUCUGCGCGUGGAACCCUGUCACCGACCUGCUGGCCUCAGGCUCGGGCGAUUCGACGGCACGGAUCUGGAACCUGAGUGAAAACAGUAACAGCGGCUCCACCCAGCUGGUGCUCCGCCACUGUAUCCGAGAGGGGGGCCAGGACGUGCCUAGCAACAAAGACGUCACCUCCCUCGACUGGAACAGCGAAGGGACCCUUCUGGCGACAGGGUCUUAUGAUGGAUUUGCGAGAAUAUGGACAAAAGAUGGCAAUCUGGCCAGCACCUUGGGCCAACACAGAGGCCCCAUAUUUGCACUGAAAUGGAACAAGAAGGGGAGCUGUAUUCUGAGUGCAGGAGUGGAUAAGACGACAAUCAUUUGGGACGCGCACACAGGCGAGGCCAAACAACAGUUCCCCUUCCACUCAGCGCCGGCAUUGGACGUGGACUGGCAGAACAACACGACGUUUGCCUCGUGCAGUACAGACAUGUGUAUUCACGUCUGCAGACUGGGCAGCGACCGGCCGCUCAAGACUUUCCAGGGCCACACGAAUGAAGUGAAUGCGAUUAAGUGGGACCCUGCAGGCAUGCUGCUGGCCUCCUGCUCAGACGACAUGACUCUGAAGAUCUGGAGUAUGAAGCAGGACUGGUGUGUUCAUGACCUGCAGGCUCACAGUAAGGAGAUUUAUACAAUCAAAUGGAGCCCCACUGGCCCCAGCACCAACAACCCCAACUCCAGUGUCAUGCUGGCCAGUGCUUCUUUUGACUCGACGGUGCGGUUGUGGGAUGUGGAUCGGGGCGUGUGUGUCCACACGCUGACCAGGCACCAGGAGCCCGUGUACAGCGUGGCCUUCAGCCCCGACGGCAAGUACCUGGCCAGCGGAUCCUUCGACAAGUGCGUCCACAUCUGGAACACCACGAGCGGAGCUUUAGUGAACAGCUACAGGGGAACCGGAGGCAUUUUCGAGGUCUGUUGGAACAGCACAGGAGACAAAGUUGGAGCCAGCGCCUCUGAUGGAUCAGUUUGUGUUCUAGACCUGCGGAAAUAACCAACUGCUUGUGACUGGGCGCUGGGGCGAGCCAUUGUGACAUCAUCAGGGCUGUGACAUCAGCAGCCUCACGCUCGUCGCUUUCUCGUUGUCGACGGCUGAGGGGUUGGGGUUGGAGUGGAGUGGGACCCCAACAUGGGCAGAAAUGCAAGAAGAUGGCACCAAUUGGUAGGCUACGCCAAAAAACAGAGACCUGUCCAAAUCUGGAAAAAAAAAAACCCAAAUCGAGCCGUGAGACAGGCUGAUAACGGGCGGAGGGAAGGAGAGGACAUAUUUUCGGCUGUAAAAUCACAGGUGAUUCAGUAACACAGCUCUAAUAAAGACCACCGAGAGUCUUUCGGAAGGACCCACGUGACCAGACUGGGUUACGGCCCGUUUUGAAUCCAGUCCUCCCACUUUGAAAAACGUCGCGAAAAGCAGAUCCUUGCAAAAGCAGGGUCUUGCAGAGCCCUGUCAACCGCCCAGACGAUGCACUAGAUGACUGAUAAUGUCACAGAUUUGACCACAAACCUGCGACUUUCUUCUGCUUUGAAUUCCGAAUUCUUCUCUCUCUCUCGCCCCCACUCCCCCCACCCCCCCUCCUCCUUUUUUAACUUU